AUGCAGUACUAUGAGCUGAUAACUCCAAAAAAUGUGAUAACUGCAGCUACUGGAGCCGGAGCCAUCUAUCUACUAGCCAAGACUCUCCUAGCAGUGCUCAAAAGUCCUGCCUUCAAGUCAGAGACAAGAGAUUUGUACAGAUGUUCUGUUGAGUAUCGCCCAACUCCAUGUGCAAGAGCGACCAUUCCUGGAGAACUCAGAAGGACCCUACAGUCUCUCAAACCAAACCUAGAUGGCUCCUCCAAGAAGGUGGCACUUCACACCAUCACCCAGUGCGUCUUACUAAAGGAAUCAGAGGCAAGUACCUGUACCUAUGAUGAUAUAAAAUUAGUGGCAGAAUUCCUGGAUGAUGCAGAUACAGUCAUCAAAACUGAAGCAUUAAAUGCUCUCAAAGCUUUCACAAGUAUUUGGAAGUUUAAAAUCAAAAUCCAGGAGUAUGUCCCCAAGAUCUUUGAGCUGGUAGUCAGCGACUGGAACGGCAAUCUGCACACUGCCGGGCUGCGGUUGGUGAAUGGAUUGCACAUAACAGAGGACACUCACCCAAUGCUGAGGAGGCUGCUACGAAACUUCAUGGAUAUUCUGCUAAUGUCGGACAUUUUGGCUAAGGUGCAGGUUCUCAAACUUCUUACCACAAUGGCCCAAAAGGAAGAUCUGCUGUUUGACAUCAUGAAUUGCCAGGUACCGCCUGAAUUCUUGACCCUCUUCCAGCCUUCUCUACCUGGGAACCUGCUUUACGAGAUGUUAGUCUUUGUGGAGCGGCUUAGUGAGGGGCGCCUGACCCCACAGUACCAGUCAAUGCACCGGUCGUACCACAACCUCUCCCUUCACAACAUCAUCUUUGGUGAGAAUUCCCGCCUUUCUGACCACCUGCUUGCUCUAAUCAUCCACCCGGAGGAAGAGGUGCAGAUCCAGGCCUGCAAAGUCAUUCUCAGCCUCCGUCUCAGCAAGGAGGACAGCAAGGUCAUCAGCGGCCUCCCCUUUGGUGCAGACAUCAGUAGCCACCCCAGUGACCCUGCACUCAGCGACCACCCAUUUAGUCCCAGCAUUGUUUCCUCUCCUGCCACCAACGAUGACACCGGCCACAACUUUCAGCACCUUCAAGGCUCCAAUGACACCACCCAUAGCUUCUAUCCCCUUGAGAGCACUGGGCAAGAAGACUUCUAUGCCCGUGACAGCAGCAAUGUCAGCAGCCACUCUAUUGACAGCACGGCUAACAGUGGCCCUGUCCUUGUUAACCCCGAGGAUGGCUUCCAUCCCGUUGCAACUGCUUACUCAGAUGAAGACAGUGGUGACUGA